AUGGUGGACUCUCAUCACAAGAAGGGAAAGGGACCUUCCACCAAGAGCAAGGGUCAAGCUCAAUCAGCCAAACAACCUUCAAAACCUAUAAAUAUCAACCCUAAUGAACCAUAUAAAAUGCGAAUCACCUCAGGUGGAUCAAUAUCAUCGUAUGUAGAUUUCGCCAUAAAUUUUCUGAACGACAAUCCACAUACACCCCUAGUCCUACAUACCUUGCCUGCCCCUCAGCCGAACCAGAAAAAUACAAAUACUGUAGCUGGACCGUCAACCUCCACGAGCAAAUACUCGACAACUCUACUCACAUGCACAACCAAUAUACCUCGCUUGAUAUCUGUUGUUGAAAUUAUAAAACGAAGUUAUAUCGAGCAGCUGCGUUCGUCCGGCGAUGAAGACACAAAGGAGAAGGGGAAAGGGAAGAUGAGGAUGAGUAGAGGGAUAUGGCAAUAUACCGAAUCGGCAUUGUAUCAUCCACCUAUACCCGAUCCUGAGACUGAGAGCGAAGAGGUACUAUCAGCGGAAAUGAAUGGCCUGGAUAGGGUGUUAAAGGGCAAAUUGAGACCGAGAAUGACCCAUCAUCCAUAUUUGACUAUCACCCUUUCGACUAUACCGCUUGGACUGGAGCAGAAAAGCAAUGUCUCGGUACAGUAUACAUUGGUGAAGACGAAAAAUGAAAAGAAGAAGAAGAAGAAGAAAGGUAAUAAAGGAUUACAGGAUCAGACUGAUGAGCGUGAGGAGCAAGAAGAGGAAAUGGUGAUAGAGGUAAAUAAGAAGGUGAAUGAGAUGAACAAGAAGGGUUUACCUAAAGACGAAAGCCAAAUUACAAAUUAUAAAAAGGGAGUUAAGAGAAUUUCAGAUACUGAAGAUCAGAAUAAAAUAGGUAAAAAACGGAAAAUCACCGACAACAGCAAGGAUACAGCCAGUGAAAAGGUAUAG